UUGACAGCACAAAGGAGUCGGCCAUUUUAUUGCUGCCUGGAAGACGUAGGGAGAAGCAAAGCUUUUCUCCAAGAAGGCAUUCCUGUAUUUUUUUGAAUUGUUUUGUUGUAAGGCGCGAUUUAUUCACGUACAAAAUUGUAUACGCAUUUGUAGACUUUAAUAAAUCUAUGUGUUAAGUGAUAAGAAGAAAUGGAUGAUCCGAAUAGGAUGAUGGCGCAUAGCGGUGGCCUCAUGGGACCACAGGGCUACGGGCUACCUGGGGGCGAAGCCACACCCGCCACUGAAGGCGAAGCCCGAAAGCAGGACAUUGGCGAGAUUCUGCAACAAAUCAUGAAUAUUACUGAUCAGAGUCUAGAUGAAGCACAAGCGAGAAAGCAUACAUUAAACUGUCACAGAAUGAAACCUGCGCUGUUUUCAGUGUUGUGUGAAAUAAAAGAGAAAACUGUACUGUCACUUCGCAACACGCAAGAGGAGGAACCUCCAGAUCCUCAACUCAUGAGGCUGGACAACAUGCUGAUUGCGGAGGGAGUUGCUGGCCCGGAGAAGGGUGGUGGUGCAGGUGCUGCAGCAUCAGCUUCUGCUGCGGCUGGAGAGUGGGGCACUGUGGCCCAAGCAGAUAACGCGAUCGAGCAUUCCGACUACCGCGCGAAGCUGGCGCAGAUCAGACAGAUUUAUCACCAGGAGCUCGACAAGUAUGAGAACGCCUGCAAUGAGUUCACCACACACGUCAUGAAUCUGCUCAGGGAGCAGAGCCGCACACGCCCCAUCACACCCAAGGAAAUUGAGCGCAUGGUGCAGAUCAUCCACAAGAAGUUCAGCUCCAUCCAGAUGCAAUUGAAGCAGUCCACGUGCGAGGCCGUUAUGAUUCUGCGUUCUCGUUUCCUGGACGCGCGCCGCAAGCGCCGCAACUUCAGCAAGCAGGCGUCCGAGAUACUCAACGAGUACUUCUACUCGCACCUGUCCAACCCGUACCCCAGCGAGGAGGCUAAGGAGGAGCUGGCGCGCAAGUGCGGCAUCACCGUCUCGCAGGUGUCCAAUUGGUUUGGCAACAAGCGCAUUCGCUACAAGAAGAACAUCGGCAAGGCGCAAGAGGAGGCCAACUUGUACGCCGCUAAGAAGGCUGCUGCAGCGGGCGCCUCGCCGUACUCGAUGGGCGCGGCGUCGGGCACGGCCACGCCCAUGAUGUCGCCGGCGCCCACGCAGGACUCCAUGGGCUACUCGCUGCCGGCGCCGCCCUACGACCAGCCGCAGCCCUACGACGGCUCCAUGGGCUACGACCCCAUGCACCAGGACCUGUCGCCAUAGGUGUGGCUCGCCUCCCGCGUCAGGAGCUCGCAGUAGCGGCGAUCCGACGCGUCUUAGUACAUUGUAUACUAUACAUUUUAUCCCUAACGCGUAUUUUUCGACAUGCAUCUUUAAGCUAUUCGUAUUAUUUGAAAUUUUAGGACUGGACCCAGUAUUUGUUCUUUUUAUUUAUACAUUAAAAUGGCCUUCGAUACGUUGUAGGAAUGUGACAGUCGGUGUGGUGGGAAAUAUAAUAAGUUAAUAAAAUAAAACACAAUAUCGAAUAACAAUGCAUCACAUAAUAUCUUCACAUGAAACCACUGAUAUUAUAAUAUUCACUGAAAUUUGUACAUCGAGAGAUCAAAAUAUAUAUGAAUUUUUUUUUGUUCCUGCGAUACUCAAAUAUCCUUCAGAACGUGGCAGUUCUCAAGUAUUAUUUCAAAAGUAAAACCAUUCGGCAGUAUUAGUGUAACAAGUGGCGGGAUCUCGGUUUAUAUCGUUCACUACUGACCUAUAUACGUUGGAAUAUAGAUAUACGAUAGUUGUAAGUUUAGUGUAAGCUAGUGUAAGCAUUCAGAUAUUUUGUGCUGAAUAGUGUUCGAUGUUGGUGUGUUGCCAUCGCGUGACUGUCAGCGAACCUUUUUCAUGGGAGAAAUGUAUGUCAAGUCGCACUUCGAUAAGUGUGUUAAAUAAUAAUUAAUUAAUAAUUCCAUCGAGUUCGCAUAACUACAAAUUUGUAGGCUAAAUAUUGUAGCAAAACUGCGCAUUGAAAUGUACAUCAUCAUCAUCAUCAUCAUAAUCAUCGUCGUCAUCAUCAUCAUAAUCAUCGUCAUCAUCACCAUCAUCAUUAUCAUCAUCGUCAUCGUCGUCAUCAUCAGCCCAUGUAUGUUCCCACUACUGGGACACAGGCCUCCUAUGAGGGUCAGAAAUGUACAUGCUAUAUGAAAGUGCUAACUUAUUCUUGCCAGUUGACAGUCGCGGCGGAUGUAAACUCACCUAAAUGUGUGCAAUUUUAAUAUUUUAGCGAGGGUUGUGAGGCGCACACGCAGGUCUGUACCACGCGGGCUCUCGGAUCGGUGUAUUAUGUUACAUGUGCUAUUUAUAUACAUUAUACUUGCGUACCAGAGCGUUGUGAGUUGAACAAAAUAUAUUUUUGUGGUGCUAUAAUGUUGCUAGCACAAAAUAUUAUUUUCUAUGUAGUCAAUAAGUUGAUGUUGAUUUUAUUUUGUCAUUUCUUAUCGCGGACACAAGUAUGAUAUACGAUUACCAUUUCAUGUAGAUUUGGCGAAUUAGAGUUAAGUCGAUGUGUUCUUAAUCAAAAUAUCUGAAACAGUAUACGAGAUAAAAAUUUAAUUGAUCAUGUUAAUUACUGCGCACUAGAAUCGCGUCGCUGUUACGUCCUUUAAUCUUGUGAAUUAUUUAUUUAACGUAAUGAAUUAAUGAAAUAUACUAUAUUAAUAAUAAUGAAAUGUAUUACGAACGCAGCGGCGUGAACACCCAUGUAUACGACGAGUUCAAUGUUAUUGACCAUCAGAUUGAUAAAUACAUUUUUGUGUAGUUA